AUGCGUUCCUUCUACGAUGCCUAUGACUACUCUCCGCCACCAAAGGACAUAGAUACUGUCUACGAAAAUGACAAAGAAGCAUUUCUCAUGGCACUUCUUUCUCUUGAUUUGGCCGCUUUACGAGUGGACAGUUCAAAAAAUGAUAAAAAGAAAACUACAGAGCUGAUCACCAAUCACAUUUUGGCUAAAAACAUGUUCAUCCACAAAUUGAGUGAGUUGCCAUUGACUUAUGAUUCUCUUUCCAUGUACAAGCAGUACUAUCUAUCGCUGAUGUUCUACAAUGGUUGGGCACAGAUUGUCAGUGACUUCUUUGAGCAGGAUGAAGAAAAACGAGUAGAAAAACUGCCAUUAAAGUUAGAACUGCACCACACAGAAAUUAAGGGACAACGUCGUUUACUCUAUUUGAGAACACAAAUCAAAUGGAAAUAUCUUCAUGAUAAAGAGUACAAAAUUGAAGAAAAUCUUGUUCUUGUACAAGUCAAAAAGAGUCGAGAACCUACUGUUCUUGCAAAUAAAACAAAAACAGCUUUGGGUUUAGUUUUAAACUAUAACUGGAAGCUAAAAAAAGAGGAUCCGAAUCGAGAAUUCAAUUCAUACAAAAAUCGACUACAUUCUGAUAAAUUUAAAAUAGUAGAAUACACAGUAGAAGUUUUCAACAGUUCAGUUUUACAGACGCUUCUUAAAAACAGCAUGAAUACCCUAACUAUUACACCGAUUUGUUAUAUUCGACCCAUUCUUCGUCAAGUUGAAACGCUGUCGUCUAUGUGCUACAAAACGGAUUUUAAAAAUGCUUUUCUCAAUCCUAAUCGUAGCGUUUUUGCAACUAAUUUUGAGCGACCUGACAAUUUUAGAAUGCCUGAUGGCCCGGCAAAGUUUAAUAGCAAGCAAAAAAACGCUAUUGUUGCCUGUUUUAAUGCAGUAAACCAGAAAAAGCAUUUAAAUCGAACGGUGAUGAUACAAGGUCCACCUGGCACCGGUAAGACGCACACACUGGUGGCCAUUGUGAAGAGUCUGCUGCUGCAAAGCCACACUUUCACAUCAACACCUGACCGCAUUCUCAUUUGCACGCCCUCCAAUGGCGCUAUUGAUGCGAUUGCACUCCGGCUACUGGAAACUAGCUUGAGGAUCGUUCGAAUUGGUAACUUUGACAAAGUCCACUCACAAGUGGUAGGUCGUCACCUACAGUCAAUAGUGAGCAGCGCACAAAGCUUUGCAGAACGGAAGAAGAGAGAGAAAAUAGUGUUACAAAGUGCUCAUGUCAUCCUAAGUACACUAAACAGUGUUCAAAAUGACUAUAUGAAAGUCUUUAGGGAAGGCAAUCCAUUUCGCUGUAUCAUCAUCGACGAGGCCGGUCAGUCUACAGAACCGGAGCUACUGAUGCCGCUCGUCUACCCGACCUCAAAACUAAUUCUAAUUGGUGAUCACCUGCAACUACCCGCUACUGUCAAAUCUAACUAUGCUCUGGACAAAGGCUACGGUCGAUCGAUGUUUGAGCGUUUCUUCCGCCACCUGGAAAACACCGAGUUUCAAAAUGGCUACUCUGCCAGUCCGGUGAUAACGUUGCAACGUCAGUACAGAAUGGUGGAAGAGAUUUGUCGGUUUCCCUCCUGGAAGUUCUACAAUGAUCAACUGGAAACGAGCAAAACUGGCUGGAAUGAGGACAUUCCAGUUUAUCCUUAUUUGGUCUUUGAUGUGUGCAACUCAAAAGAGGCAAAUACGGCAUCAUUCAGCAAGUACAACGUUCAAGAGGCGGCCUUUGUGUGUCGCCUUAUUGAGACGAUUUUUUAUACUCUUGGAUACAAUUUGAUUGACGAAGUUCCCGAAACGUUGAAUGACUUCACCAUUGGGAUCAUCACAUUUUACGGAGGACAGAAAGACGAAUUAAUUAAACAACUGACAAAACUUUUUAAUGGCGAAUUGCCUAACUACAUUGACGUGAACACUGUGGACGCCUUUCAGGGCCAGGAGCGGGACAUUGUCAUUCUCAGCUGUGUUCGUGCCUGGGAUGGCUCUCGAGGCUCGGUGGGCUUCGUCGAAUCGCAGCAGCGCAUGAACGUCGCCCUGACCCGCGCCAAAUCGGUACUUUACGUGGUGCUCAAGGCAAACAGCUUCACCCAGGCACCAAACUGGAGCGAUCUUAUCGCCGAUGCUACCCAGCGUGACGUUUUGAAGCAG